GAUUCCCCACAGCGAUCAGAUGAGAGAGCUGCACGUUUCUCUGUGUGUCUCCGGGUCCAUGUUGGAGUUGAUCUGCUCUGCUGGGUCAUUUCAGGCCACGUCUGUCCGAUCACAGGAGUAAACGCUGAUAUUACAGGGAUAUCUAAUAAAGGACAUACACACAUAUUGUGUUGCAGCUUCGAGGGCAAAGCAAGGGAGGCAGUUCUCAUGACAUGGUUUAGGGGGAUGUAAGGCAGAAUGUAAGAUUUUCAUGUUGGGAGGGAUUUGUGCAUAUCAGCCCUGGCAGGACUAAACGUUCCCACAUCUUUCUGCUGACUAAGAAGCUAUGGACAUUGACUGACUUUCCUGAGCCUCCACUGCUCCAAACUACUCUGGGACGACUCCGAUAUCACAAAGAACAAGAUAUCAGCGAGUCCGUGGAUGACAACAGAAUGAUGUUUAAGGCCUAAUAUACAGCAGUAUGUCAGAGCAAGCAGACAAAUGCAACUCCCGCUGGAAAGAUGAGCCCAUGCAGAAUGGAUACAUACCAAGUUAUCUGGACAAGGAUGAGCUGUGUGUUGUGUGUGGGGACAAAGCGACUGGUUAUCAUUACCGUUGCAUUACCUGUGAGGGCUGCAAAGGUUUUUUUCGACGUACAAUUCAAAAGAACUUAAACCCGACGUACGCGUGCAAAUACGAGGCCAAGUGCGUCAUUGACAAAGUCACACGCAACCAGUGCCAAGAAUGUCGCUUCAAGAAAUGCAUCGCUGUUGGCAUGGCAACAGACUUGGUGUUAGAUGACAGUAAGCGUCUAGCCAAGCGGAAGCUGAUCGAGGAGAACCGCGAGCGACGGCGGCGGGAGGAGCUGCAGAAGACGGUGUGGGAGCGACCAGAGCCCACGCAGGAGGAGUGGGAGCUGAUCCGGGUUGUCACCGAGGCCCAUAUGGCCACAAACGCCCAAGGCAACCACUGGAAACAGAAGCGCAAAUUCCUGGUCGAGGAAGCAAUGCUACUUAAUGAAAUAACAUGUAAUUUAUUCUGUACUUCUGACCAGAGUGCAGUGGGGGUGAAGGAAGCCAAGCCAGAGGACAUCGGUUCGGCGCCCAUCGUCAACGCACCAGAGGGGAGCAAAGUGGACAUAGAAGCCUUCAGUCAGUUUACAAAAAUUAUCACCCCCGCCAUCACUCGUGUUGUGGAUUUUGCCAAAAAGCUGCCCAUGUUCUGUGAGCUGCCUUGUGAGGACCAGAUCAUUUUGCUGAAGGGUUGCUGUAUGGAGAUCAUGUCUCUGCGAGCAGCAGUGCGAUACGAUCCCGAGAGCGAGACUCUGACGCUGAACGGGGAGAUGGCCGUCACGCGGGGCCAGCUUAAGAACGGGGGUCUUGGUGUGGUCUCAGACGCCAUCUUUGAUCUGGGCGUCUCGCUGUCCUCCUUCAACUUAGAUGAUUCGGAGGUGGCAUUGCUACAAGCCGUGAUUUUGCUUUCCUCGGAUCGUCCAGGUUUAACGAGUGUCGAGCGGAUAGAGCGCUGUCAGGAGGAGUUUCUCUUGGCCUUCGAACAUUACAUCAACUACCGUAAGCACAAGGUGGCUCACUUCUGGCCCAAGCUGCUGAUGAAGGUGACAGACCUGCGCAUGAUCGGUGCCUGCCACGCCAGCCGCUUCCUGCACAUGAAGGUGGAAUGUCCCACAGAGCUCUUUCCGCCCCUCUUCCUGGAAGUGUUCGAAGACUGACGGCCAAGCAGUCGGGCCAAGCUGCUCCCACCGACACCAACCUCCACAGAUCCGACCUCCCUCCCAGACUCCGUCUCCCUGUUUCUGGUCACAUGACUCUGUUCUAGCACUACUGAGCGUCAUUUCAUUCCAUAGUUUUAGGAGUAGCUCUCUGGCCUAUUUUGAAUGGAACCAUUCCUCUUACAAAGCGGGUACAUGUGAAUAGCGUUACAAUUUUUUUUUUUCUUUCGCUCUUUGUAAAAAGAAAAAUCAGCUUUCUGUUACUCUAGGUUUUUUUUCUUUCCAAUAUUAAAUUGUUUCUUUUUCAGAUCAUAGUCUUUGAUGCCGCUUAACGGAGAUGUAUGAACUAUGCAUUCGGGUUUCGUGUCACACAUCAGGCCUCAGAAAAGAGAUAAAGAGCACCACACUGCGAAGGAGGAUGCAAUACUUUCCUUUCACGUCCCUUAUCUGUUGGUCUAAAGGUCUUUUCAUGCUCACAUUAAGCCAUAAAUUGUUUAUAGUUCUGGUCCAAAACCCAAUGGGCUGCCUAGCUAGACAACAUUUCAAGACAUCAGAAGCGCAUCCUUGUAUUGACACGGUAAAAAAGUCACAAAAUCACAAAUGAGGGCUCUUUAAUAUCUCGAUUGCUUGUUUCAGAUAAGAUCGCUAAAUGCAAAGUGAAUAGAAACAUUUGGUGGCUUAAUUUUCUUCUGCUGUUCUUGAGGGUUAAAUCACAGUAAUAUUACAUCUCAUCUCCCUCACGGCCUGCUAAGAUUAGCAAAAAACAGACACAUACAUAAACACUACACGAUUUUGUCAGAGAUCACUGUUUUUGAGUAUCAUUAAGUUGCUGUGGUUUGCACAUUACACAAUAUUUCAUUAGGAAGAAUCCAACUUGUUUACAAAAUGCAUGCAUGAGAAGUGAUACAACCCCCGAAAUUUCUGUUGCCCUGUAUCUUGCUCUGUCAUUGGCUGUAGGCCAAUCACCAAUGUCAUUUCCAGUCAAAACACAUUUCUCGCUGAAAGACUCUGAGUCACGGACAGGUCCAGAUAUUUAGCCUGCCAAAUAUUUCUGAGCAUUGGCGAUGCAUCAGCUCUUCUCUCAGAUCGCGUCUUUGCUAAUUCACACUAUGCGAUCGUCACAAUACGUGAACGAGCACGGGUUUGCCUCACGUUUGUGAGCCUGGACCACGAAACCAGUCUUAAGUAGCAUGGGUAUAUUUGUAGCAGCAGCCAACAAUGGGUCAGAAUGAUUGAUUUUUCUUUUAUGCCAAAAAUCAUUCGGAUAUUAGGUAAAGAUCAUGUUCCAUGAAGAUAUUUUGUAAAGUUCCUGCUAGGGCUGUAGAUAUCAGUUAUUUUAGUAGUCGAGUAUUCUACCGAUUAUUCCAUUAAGUAAUCGGAUAAGAUGUUUUUCCUUAUUAAAGAGCAAUACUAAAUAUACAAGAGAAAAUAAGAUAAUUUGUUUUCUUUUUAGAAAAAAUAACAUUUUUAUUGCUGAAAUUGCAAUAACCAUGAAAACUAAACCCAUUUAAUGCAUUUAUUUGCCAAAUUACAUUCAAAAUGCAAAUAUACCAAUAAUAUAUAUAUAUAUAUAUAGGCUGGUGGGCGUUCUGGCGCAAUAUGGCUGCUGUCAUGAAUGCAUUUAACUUGCAGUUACAAAUGCAUAAAUAAUAUUUUGUUAUUUUAAACAAAACAUUGAAUACUGAUAUUUACAUGUAUUUUUAAAAUGAAGAUACUUUCAAUGUGAAAUCAAAACCGCCAGUAGGUGUCAGCAAGUCACUGUUAAGUAAGUGAGUUAUUGCGAUUGAACUGAAUCAUUUAACGGGUGAUUCAUUCAAGAACGGAACACCGCCAUGUUGCGCAAAGACGCAAAACAGCGCUAUGGCUGUGUUUGGAAUGGUUAUUUGUUGGCGAAAUAGAGCAAAAACAGGCACUAUGCGGUCUAAAAUGUAAGUCUCUUAAUAUUAACUUUUUGUUUAUUGAUGAACUGUUGCAUAAAAUCAGUAUCACAUUUUUAUCAUGCUGAGGCACUCUUCGUUUGAUAUUAACUAACUUUCUGUGUGUCACAGAGAGAGAAUGAGACAAUAAAUAGCACUUAGUCUUUCACAACAUAGCUGACUUAGGGACAUCAUAACUAACCACCAUUAAUUUACGGUCUUAAAAUAUAUCCAGCCUUUAUCGGUUUGUGCUUCAGUAAUAAUGGUCCGUGGGAAAACAGUGUUUCGUGUGUAGUUACAGUAAAUGGACUAAACGAAGCUAAAUAAUUUGCCUCGAUAAUUUUUGUAAUCAAUAUUUGAUUAUUAAUAUGCAUUGCUAAAAACGUCAUUUGGAUUUUUUGCACCCUCAGAUUCCAGCCAAAUAUUGUCCUAAACUAUUCUGUUUCAUAAAAUUGACCCUUAUGAUUGGUUUUGUGGCCGAGGAUCACAUUUUGCAGGGUCACCAUCAUUAGAUACCUUUUUUUCACCAGAUUCUAAGACAGCAGUGCAUUUAUGAUGCAUUCUUAUUGCCUGCUAAUGCUUCUUUCAAAGCAGCUCACUGGGUUUUGAAAUCAGAACUGUUUUCCUUAAAAAACCCCUGACAUUUCUAAAUAGCAAGGUGGCAUGUCAGUUUUAAUUGUGGUUGUGCCCUUGUGUAAAAUCCUGUUUCUUUGUUAGCGCACCUGAAAGCUCAUGGACAAGCAGACCUUUGUGAUGCCGUAGUUCGAGUUCAUCUAAAGAGGAAAUUCAUACGCUUUUUUUUUUUUUUUUUUUUUUUUUGAUGCUCUCAAAUGUUGAUCUCCACAAACUUUAGCCAUUAUAGAAAAGAGAGCCUCUAGCCAGCAGCCACUAACGUUAGCACAUUAUGCCUCUAUUAAGGUGCCAAAAAGCUCCCUGAAAAGGCGUACUCUGUUUGGACUUGCGCCGAGCUGCUCGGAGGAACUCGAGGUCAUGAAUGCUACCCAUCCAUCGCUAGAUCAGUUGACCCGCAGGGAUGGAGCUCUAUUCAGUUGAACGCUUCUUCUCUUCUAUAGCUGUCACACGAUAGACCAAGGCAAUGCUUCUGCUUGAACUUGUUGGUGCUAUGAGUUUGCCGAUUUAUACCUCCGGGAGUGCUGUCAGUUAACCUCCGAAUCGUCUGGGUGAUUGACAUGCGCAAAUACGCGAAAUGCUGAGGUCAGUGGUCAACCCUGCAACGUGCAGGGAUGCUUUCGGUUGUGUCUGUGAUUGUUGUUUCAGCCGUUCUCGUUUCUGUCCUGAUUUUCUUCUUUUAUUGUAGUGUUAUUAAUCUUUCUAGAGACAUCCUUGUGUGCUGCAAGAGAGUUUGAAUCUCACAUACCUCUACUGAUUAUCAGGAACCGCCAGAACUGUUUUUUGUUUUUCUUUUGCUGUUGAAAGAUGGACAUGAAUUCAAAUUCACACCUCAAAACGCAGAGCAUGUUCAAUCAGUGUUUUGUUAUAGUGAUGCCUUUUGUAAGCAAUAGAAUUGCUCCAGUGGUUUUACAUGUUUUGGAUUACACAUACAAACAUACACACCGACGUAGAUAUUCGACAGACUCAAAGUCAUUGCACAGACAAUCAAUGUGUUUGCAGAGAGUGUUAUAGAAAGAUGUGGAAGGAAGUAAGGGCCACAGCCAGGGUCCAAAAUUAAUAUUUCACCAUGCCCAGGCUUUUUUUUUUUUUUUUUUUAAUAAUUGUGUAAAAUUUCAUUUACAGCCCCCACCCCCAACCCCGAAACGAUAACACAUGAUUUAGUAGAUUUCAGUUGUACGUAUUUGAUUUUAAUCACUCACACACAUAUGUGAGAUUUAGAAUAUUGUUUUUACAUUUUGAUUUAAAUCGUGCAUUAUGUUGCUUUUCCGGCAAGAAAACUGUCUUAUGUACUUGGCAAAGCCAUUUUUAUGUGUUUGUGUCAGCACUUGGCAAAUGCUAAUUUUGGACCCUGGCCACAGAUCAACACAUGCAUGCACAGACACGCUGGGAGUCAAUUCCUCUGUGCGCACAGGAAAAAAAAAAAAACACAAACGCACUACAAAAAUAAAGAUAUUUAUGGUGUAAAGGAAAGAGGCUGUAUUUUUUCAGACUGCAGAUAUUUUUACAUGUUAUAUGCACAAUAUGAACAUUUUUGAACAGUUUUACAACAAAGAAACAAAAGACUGUCUUUUCUCAGAAAUCUCCCACCAUUCUCAAACAGAAACCAGAGUCCUGUUUUUUUUAUCAAUCGCUCUUUAAUGAUCUCUCCUUAGUGUGCGUUUCAUCAUUCCAAAUUCAUUGUUUAACUAUGGUAUAUGACAACUAAUAUAUGCUCUCAAUUAAUCAUCAUAAUGACAACAAAAAAUCCAGCACAACCAAUCACAAAAAGCGAUCCUUAUUGGAUGUUAAAAUAAAACUCAAAGCCCAUCUUCAAAGAAACCAACCAGAUCUCACCGAGCUGAACUGAAAGAAAUGCAUCCCCGGAAACGAUUAUAGCACAUGUACUUCUGUUUCUAUGUGUCUUAGUUAACAUUUACCUGAUUAGUCCACAGUAUGCUGGUGGCAUGAAUAAGUGAAUUUUGAAUGUGAAUUAGUUAUCAAACAUGACAAGAAAAUGUAUUUUACUUUCUUGCUCUUCAUUUUUUUUUUUUUUUUUUUUAACAAAAUUAAGGUAUUGCACAAGCCUGCUGUGUGACAGUGGAGCCUUGAAUUUGAGUUUGGAUCAUGAUGUGAUUUGGAUAUCCUGGAAGAGACAUUGCACUAGAACAUUAUCCUGGAUUUGGCAAAAUAUGAUGAUGAUGACAGUGAUGUUGCACCUAAGGUGAAUAGGAGAAUAAAGACGGUUUUGAGAAAUCCCUGAAA